AUGUUUGUUUACAUCUCUACUUCAACUAAUCUGGAAUUAUUCUUUAUUUGUGCUGAACAAUUUCUUGACAAUUUCGAUCAGAGCAGCAGAAUUUUUCAUUAGGUUGCUCUGGCUAGGAAUUUAGCGUUCCCUAAUGAUUUAGAAGCAAAUAAUUCGAUUGAUGAUUUGUGCAGAAUUGACUCAUUUAUGUCGUUCCGUCGAGAAAAUUUAUCGUCAACAGACGACUCACAUAACAUACCGUAUUUAAAACAUCAAUACAUAAUCAUGUUUUAGAGCGUUAAAAACUAAACCAUGGCGAACGAAAGUUGGGAGAUAUCCAUUCAAGUAAUGGAAGAGUCUCUUCAGCCGCAAGAAGAGAUAAACGUGGAGCAGGAGGUGGAGCCGCUGUUGUCGGCGGAGCAGUUCGAGCUGGACUCGUCUAAUUGUAAGGAGGAGGUACUGGACGAGAAGGGCUGGACCGACCUGAGCUUCCUGUGUCGCAUCUGCGCACAGGAGACGGCCGACGGCGUGCAAAUAUUCGGCCCCGAGGGCCUGGAUCUGCAUCUGCCGGAGAUUAUCGCCUUGUGCCUGCCGAUAAAGGUGUACAAGGAGGACGCCCUGCCGCAGAUAGCGUGCAGGCCGUGCCUUGCCGCCGUCGAGCAGGCCCACACAUUGCGCAACACGGCCCAGCAGGCAGACAGCAACCUCAGGCGGAUCCUCGGACUGCACGCCAAGAAAGCCGACGACCCGCUGACCCAAGUAGAGCUGAGCGACUGCAAGAAAUCGGUCUGCGAGCUGUGCCGGCAGAAUUUUAACGAGGAGGUGGUGCCGCACGUUAUCACGAUAGGGGCCAUUCCGAGUGAGGUGCCGCCUGACGAGGACGAGGAGCCAAUGCACGAGGAGGAAGACUGUAAAGACGUGCUGCCAACAACGAAGUCCCAACCAAAGCCAAAGCGGCGGUACAAGACUCGGCAGAUGGAAGAGCCGGCGCCGCUGAAGGAAAGCAAGCUGCGACCGCGUAAAGGUCGGCAGCGGCUUGUGGCGAAGGAGGCCGUCGCGGGGGCGGCCACGGGGGUUGAGGUGGUGUGCGGUGAGUGCGCAGCCUCGUUCCAGCGGCGGGAGCAGCUGUCGCGGCAUGUACUGGCGCAGCACCAACGCCACUUGUGCCCGGCGUGCGACGCCAGUUUUGAGACGCAUGAAACGCUGGCCGAGCACUCGCUGGCGGAGCACAACAGCCCCCUCGGCCCCCAGCGCUACCACCACCCACCGGGCACCCCCAUCGUCUGCCCCCACUGCCGCAAGCAGUUCAAAAGCGUGUCCGGCCUGUGCCACCACGUCGACUCGCUCCACCUCAACAUCCCUGGUAACUUCCUCUGCAACCAGUGCGGAAAACCGUUCUAUGGAAAGAAGAAGCUUGAGCUCCACAUGAUGCGUCACACAGGGAUCAAGACAGUGAUGUGCCAGGACUGCGGCAAAAUGUUCUACAACGAGUCAACGCUGAAGAUCCACUCGGAGAUGCACUCGGUGGCGCGCAAGUAUAUGUGUGAGCAGGCCGAUUGCGGCAAGACGUUCAAGCACUGGCGCAACCUUUACGCACACGCGCACACAGUGCACGGCCGCAAGUGGAAUUACGCGUGCGCAGCGUGUCCGCAGUCUUUCAAGACAAGCGAAGAGGCGGUUGCCCACCUGGCCACCCAUUCGCCUGAGGAGCGCCAGGCGGCCGAGGCAACCACCGAUGGCCAGGGCUUCACGCAGGUCUCGCCCUACGAGUGCCGCGUCUGCUUCAAACGCUACAACUCGCAGCUCCACUACGCCAACCAUGUCCGCACCCACGAGCAACAACAGCAGCAGGCGGGUAGUGCAUGCGAGCAGCGCAACUUUGAGUGCCCGACGUGCCUGAAGCGUUUCAAGAGCAAGCACUACCUCAAGAUUCACGAGGGCGUGCACAUGAGCAUGAAGCCAUUCUGCUGCCAGUACUGCGGCAAGUCGUUCAUAACCAAGAUGCUGCUGCAGACGCACGAACGCAUUCACACAAACGAGACGCCGUUCCGGUGCGACGUGUGCGGCAAGGGCUUCCGCGCGCAGAAGAAGCUGCAGAUCCACAAGCGCGACGUGCACGACAAGAUCAAGAACUUCCUCUGCCUGACGUGCGGCAAGGCGUUCUCGCGCAAGAAUCACUUGGACGCGCACAUCCGCACGCACACCAACGAGCGGCCCUUCCAGUGCGACGUCUGCGGCCAGGGCUUCAAGCAGGUCGGCGACAUGCGCAGACACGUCGCCAGGCACCAAAAUGCCGCCCUCAAACCCACCUUUGGACAAAAUUCAGUUCCUCAGGUGCUUUGAGAGUCAAAUAGAAGUGAUGGUGAAUUUUUAACAGUUUUGUGAACUAUUUUGCACGUGGUGUGCUUUUUGACAUCGUCAGUACAAAUUUUUUGGACUAGAAGUUUAUCGAAAUAUUCUACGCUGAGAGACUCGUUCUAGCUUCUUUCAAACUCGCUCAUUCAACUGGGUUCGCUGAUUCUUGUCAUCGUAAUAAAAUAAAAUUUUAAAGACGGA